CACUCCACUGGGGUUUUCCCUGUGUCAAGACUCCAAUUUCCUCUUUCUUUGCCCAGCCCUUCCUCACAUAUCUUCAACAAGGUUUUCACACCCUCUUCUAUUCCACAGGACUCCUUGGAAAAGUAUUUGAGCAGAUUGUGUUUGAAGAACUGAAAACUCUGACCUUUAACUGUGAAGUUAAGGGCUUUUGCAUCGGGGAAGGCUGACUGGAAUAUUCUACAGUAUCCUUCUUCAACUUCGAAUAUUCUUUUUUUUUUUUAAGAUUUAUGCACCUGAAAGUCAGAGUUACAGAAAGAGAGAGGGAGAAACAGAGAGAGAGAAAAUCUACUACCUGCUGGUUCAUUCCCCAGAUGGCUGCAGCAGUCAGUGCUGGGCCAGACUGGAGACAGGAGGCUGGAGCUUCAUUUGGGUCUUCCACAUUGGUGCAGUGGCCCAAGCACUCGGACAAUCCUCUACUGCUCUCUCAAGCCAUUAGCAGGAAGCUGGCUAGGUAGAGGUGCAACCGGGACUUGAACCAGUACCCAAAUGGGAUUCUGGCAUUUCAGGCAAUGGCUUUACCUGCUAAGCCACAAUGCUGGCACCCACAUAUUCUUUCUUCUACUUAAUCUAUAUAUGUCUUCCAACAGUAUUUUUAAAUUCUGGUUUAUUUAUUUGAAGGCAGAGAGACAGAGAAAGGGAAAGCUCCCAUCCACACUGCCCCGGGUGCGGCCCCAGAGGAGAGGAGGCUGAAAGGGGUGCGGACAGGGACGCCCGCCCCUGCACUGCCUGCUGGCUCUCCUGCCUCCGCCCACGGGCCUGACCCCUAGUGGCAAGCACAGACGACCUCACUGCGGCGCCUGCAGCUUUACAGAGGGCUGUGACACUGGGGACUCCAUGCUCGGGGCACCCGAGCCAGCAGGAAAAGCAGGGCCAUCUGUCUCCCCGCAGAAAGCAGCAGGCCGGGCAGGCACCGGGCAGAGGAAGCGCUGCUCUCCCCCUAGCGCUGGGAGGCACGGGCUCCUCGCUGCAGGCUCUGUUCUGGCCUCAGAGGCCGGUCCAUGUCUCUGAGGCAGGAGCGGGGCGCAGCGCGUGUAGCCUUUAACAAGGGCACUCGAGGGUCCCAGUGACCCGGUUCCCUCGUCCUCCCCACCCCUGAACCGGAAGAGGAAGUGGCAGUUCAGGCGGCUCAGAGGACAUCAGCCUGGAGGAUCCCUGGCCCUGACCACCCGAACGGACCCCACCUGAGCGUGAGGCCACGAGGACCCCCACCCCGCCCAGGACCGGCAGGUGUCCAGUCCCCACCGCCCUUGCUGGGAGGGAAGCUGCCUCAGCACCUGUCACUGUUCAGCUGCAUUAAAUUAAGAACUUUCCUGGUGUGGCCACCUGUGAGGAUGUAGCAGCACUUGGAGUCCUGGAUACUGUGCUCCCGGGCCCCUCCCUGAGGAAUGCACCUGGGAGAACAGCCCAAGGUGGCCCCAGUGCUCCGCUCCUGUCACCCUCGUCCCAGACCCGGAUGGACCUCCCGACUGCCGCCUAGCCUAUGAGGCCAUUUUGGGAGUGAACCAAUAGGCGCAGACAGAAAACCGUGACCAAGCGUCCUGAAGGAGGCGGAGCCGAGAGCCCUUGGCGCUGCUGGGAAGGAGGCUGGACCCCCUCAGUGGUGAACGCCUCUGAUGGCAGACAGGCCGUGGUUUCAGACACUGCACAGCACGGAAAGCCAAGCACCAAACUCCCAGUGCCCGCGCCUGAUGCUGGCCGAGCCGUGUCGUGUAUUGCUGCGUAUUCUGAGACGUCUAUUUUAGAUUUACUUGGAUAAUCUUGAGUAUCUCACUCCUGUAAAAAAAAACUCGGGGACCCCGCCCACUCUCAUGCCAGCCACUCCCCCUCCCAGCUACUAGCCAGCUGCCCUCUCAUGGCCGGUGAAAGCCUGGCUCCCUCUCAGUGUUCUGAGAGCCACCCCAGAGGGGCUGGGGUGGGGACACUGGGCACCUGGUCUCCCACCCCCUCCAAAGACCCUACAGCUCCCACUUGCCAUUGCCACGUGCAGGGCCCUGAGCAGAGCCGCAGGUCACAAAGUCACCAUGUCAACCCCCCAUCAGUCAUAACCCCCCGGGAGUUCUGCCCGCUGGGUGGGGCAAGGGCCGUGCGGCAGCUGGCAGCAGGUGGCCCGGGAGCCAGCGGCUGCCCCUGUUCCUGUGCUCUGAGCAGGUGCCACGAGGAGAACGCAGAGCACAUUGGUGCCAGGCAGGGGGGGCCGGGUCCCUGGGGAGCAGGUGGAGGUGGCUGAGACGGCCACAGGCAGCCAGGGCUCUCAGCACGCAGAGCAAGUGGGGUCCCAGGGACAGCCAAGAAAAUGGGGGGCCAUAGUCCCUGUGCACCUGGCUUCCCCCUCUUCUUCUUCUUGCUGCUGCUGCUGCUGCUUCCACCGCUUGUUAGAGCAGGGAGUCUCCCGUACCGUGGUCCUGGCUGGAAAGUCUUCCAGCGCCUGGGCAUAGGGUCCAGACUCUUCCAGCAUCGCCAGGGCCCCGGCGGGAAGCCACAGUGGCGCCAAGCAGAGGAGGAGUGCCACGGAUCCUUCGACCUCUACAUAAUCCUGGACAAGUCAGGCAGCGUGAACAACAACUGGAUUGACAUUUACGUGUUUGUGGAGCAGUUGGUGGAGAGAUUCCAGCACCCAAAAUUGCGGAUGUCCUUCAUUCUCUACUCCGGAGAUGCCUAUACCCUCAUGCCGCUCACCUCGGACAGAGAUAAAAUCCGUGAGGGGCUUGAAAAGCUUCAGCAAGUGAUCCCUGCUGGAAACACAAACAUGCACGAAGGACUUAAAAAGGCAAAUGAGCAGAUUGAAGAAGCCAACUCUGGAGACGAAAAGGUUGCCAGCAUGAUCAUCGCCAUGACGGACGGGACGCUGUUGCCAAUGCCCUUCGAGUUGUCUAAAGAUGAAGCUGCAAAGGCUCGGGAAAUGGGGGCGGUCAUUUACACCGUGGGCGUGAAGGACUAUAACAAAAAGCAGCUGGAGGCCAUCGCAGACAGACCAGAUUACGCGUUUGGGGUAGACAACGGAUUCAAAGCUUUGAAAGACAUUGUGGACUCGUUGGCUACCCAGUCCUGCAUUGAAGUCACCUCAAUGGAACCUUCCACUGUGUGUGUAGGCGAGUCCAGCCAAGUGGUCAUCAAUGGAAAAGGCUUUCAUAAUGCAAAGGAUCAGGACCAGGUCAUCUGCAGAUUCACGGUGGAAGAGAGCAUGGUUGUGGAUGAAAAACCCAGCAGUAUGGACGAGAAUGUGAUAACUUGCCCUGUGCCAGUCAUAGACGAGGCCAACAAGCUGAUCUUUCUCGAAGUCAGCCUGACCAAUGGCAAAAGCUUCAUCGGGAAUAAACUCAACAUGACCAGCACCCACUGUGUGAGAAAAAAGCUAGAGAAUUUACACCUCAGAGACACAGCACUUAGAUCUAAACACCAUUAUUUGCCGAGACACAGAGGGGCUCGAAAAAAAGCCCAGCGAGCUGGUGUUGUCAGCAACCCAAUCUAUUUUUCAUUCCUGCCCGCCCUGCUGCUGAUCCCCUGCCUGCUGUGGUGUUGCUGGCGGCUGUGUUGUCGGAGGAAAGUCAAGGAGCCACUACCGCUGCCACCUCCAGAAAAGGAGCCAGAAGAACUCCCGCCACCCCCACCGCCUCCACCCCCGCCACCGCCCCCCAUAAACACCUGCCCCACCGUGAUCGUCUCCUGCUGCGGAUGCGGUUGCACCAGUGGCAUAGAGGGCACCGUGGACGGCUUCUGCAACUACAUCCAGCCCAGCUGCCACUCUUCACCGAUAAUGUGGUGCCGGGCCAGGGGCCAGCUCCCUGCUAAUGAACCUGGGAAAACAGCAGAAGAUGGCCCAAGUCCUUGGGCCCCUGCAUGCACGUGGGAGACCUGGAAGAAGCUCCUGGCUCCUGGCUUUGGAUCAGCGCAGCUCUGGCCACUGUGGCCAUUUGGGUUAUGAACCAGCAGAUAUGCCAUAACUCUGCCUUUCAAAUAAAUAUAAAAAAAGCAUGAAAGCAGUGGAAGGAAUUCACAAUGGAAAAUAUUCAUGGACUUAAUCUUAUCCAUAUAUUCAGCAAAGAUUUAUUGCAUGUCAGAGACUGGGGAGACAAAGUGAGCUAGAAGAAGAAUUUCCCAUUGUCAUGCCAGGACUUGCAUUUCCUGCAGAGGUCAGCCGGUGACAAAUGCUGUCCAGACACUAUGCCAGCAAAUGCCCGACUCUCUGGAGGCAGACACGUCAGCGGAAAGUGAACUGAAGAUAAGGAGGCAGCGGAGAGAAAAUCAAGGGACCCUUCCAUUAGGAAGCAGCCAGAAGAGUGCCCUGAAGUGGCUUGCACUUGAUGAAGCAGAAGUCAGGAAAUCUCUUCCUGCCUCCGUCAACCCAGCUGUCAAUCUGCACUUGCUGCGGCUCCGCGUCGCAUGAAUGGGGAGGAGGGGGCAGUUGUCAGGCGCAGGCUUCCCAGCAGCAGUGUCUUACAUCCGGGUCCCCAGGCGCAGGAUUCUCCACCCAUGGUGAAUGAAUGGUCGGACGAAGGAAGAAUGUGGAGCUCUGCAAGUCGGACGCGGGCCUGUGAGUACACUCUCGGUCUUCUCCCUGACACAAGGAGGCAUUUCAGGUCUGCAGGGUGUGAAGGCACAGGAGUCAGUGUUGGAAAAGGAGCGGCCCCUUUGGCAUUCUUCAAGGGCGUGCGCAGAACAACUUGGCUCAGCAAGGUUGAGCGGCUUCAUCCUUCCCGUCUCGACAUUCAGGAUGAAAUGGCACCCCACGACCCGAAGCAUGCACCUGUAAAGAAUGUCAGGCAAUCUGGGAAAGCAGUGGAAGAUGGCCCAAGUCCCUGGGCCCCUGCACCCACGUGGGAGACCUGGAAGAAGCUCCUGGCUCCUGGCUUCAGAUCGGCACAGCUCCAGCCACUGCAGCCAUCUGGGGAGUGAACCAGCGGAUGGAAGACCUCUCUCUCUCUCUCUCUGCUUCUCCUCUGUAUAAUUGACUUUCAAGUAAAUAAAUAAAUCUUAAAAAAAAAAAAAAUAAUGCUAGGCCAUGCUGUGGUGAAGCUUAAGGGAGUGGUCAGGUGAGCCUGUGUGUCCAGGUGAACAGGAAUUCCUGGAGCCCAGUCUAGCCCACCUGCCAACAGCCUGCACCUGGGGGCCGUUGUCAGCGUGGGAACAGGUGAUCCUGGCUGCUCAGUUGUCUGGGAUGAGAAGAAAGGAACAGCAGAGCGAGGACUCUCCCUUGUGAACACAAUGCCGGUCUCCUCUUAGUGCGUAGUGGAAACACACUUAUAGAUGGGGAGGCCAGCAUUUGUCCCCCUGCCCCCAUCUGGGAAAAGCAGCUGUCUGCCAUGUCCUCCUCCUCAGCCCCCCUCCCCACACGUGGAAAGAUGGCCAGCCUAGCCCUCCCCCCAGGAGAGGCAGGGUCCUCAAGGGGUUGACCCUACGAAGCAAAGAAGAAAGCACCCAGCAUCGAAAAAGAAGGAGGUGUUCUGGGAAUGGAGGAAAACAAACAUCAGGGAGGAGGAGCCUGAAGUUAGAGUGUUUCUGGAUGCGAUGCGUGUCUCCCCUGGAGGCCACCUCGAUUCCAAUCUGGGUGGAAGGCAGGCUAGGGUGAAUGGGCAGCAGUCAGCAAGUCCCAGGAAGCUGGGUGCCGCUGGCCUGCUGCCUGCCUCCAAUGGCACUGGCAGAGACACAAGUUUGAUGGCCCCAGCCACUCCUGCCUGUUGACCAAGAGGCUCAGGGGCUCAGAGAAGGCGCCUGCGGCUCACUAGGCUAAUCCUCCACCUUGGGGCGCCGGCACACCGGGUUCUAGUCCCGGUCGGGGCACUGCAUUCUGUCCCGGUUGCCCCUCUUCCAGGCCAGCUCUCUGCUGUGGCCAGGGAGUGCAGUGGAGGAUGGCCCAAGUGCUUGGGCCCUGUACCCCAUGGGAGACCAGGAAAAGCACCUGGCUCCUGCCAUCGGAUCAGCGCGGUGCGUCGGCCACAGCGCGCUGGCCGCGGCGGCCAUUGGAGGAUGAACCAACGGCGAAAGGAAGACCUUUCUCUCUGUCUCUCUCUCUCACUGUCCACUCUGCCUGUCAAAAAAAAAAAAAAAAAGUGAAAGUAACAGCUUCUUGCAGGGCCAGUGCUGGUUCAUGUCCCACGGCUCACUUGCAAUUCAGCUCUCUGCUGUUGUGCCUGGGACGGCAGCAGAAGAUGGCUCAAGUGUUUGGAUCCCUGCACCUACACCGGAAACCCAGAUGAAGCUCCUGGCUUCGGUCUGGCUCAGCCCUGCCUGGCCAUUGCAGGCAUUUAGGGUGUGAACCAGAAGAUGGGAGAUCUCUCACACUGUAACUCUGCCUUUCAAAUAAAUACAUCCAUCUUAAAAAAAA